AUGACUGCCUCACAUAGAACCACUAUUCAUAUCCUUGGGUUGGGUGCCAUGGGCACCGUUUUGGCAAUAGAUCUCUUAAGAUUUACCAAUGCCCUCGUUGUGCCAUUAUUUAGAUCACAGGAAAGACUUGCACAAUUUCAAAGGACAAGCGGUAAUAAGGUUUCUAUUCGUAAGCUUUAUUUGGAAGGCUCACCACUGUUGUCAUAUCCAGUUGAGAGGAGCGAAUGCCCUGAAACUUUCUCCAAGAAACCCAUUUCCAACCUAGUCGUUACUACAAAGACUUAUCAGACGAAAGAAGCACUAACUCCCUAUUUACCCUACAUUAAUGAAAACACAAACUUGAUACUGAUUCAAAAUGGAUUGGGGGUUUUAGAGCUGUUGAAGGAAGAGAUUUUUACAGAUGCAAAAAAUAGACCUCGUUUGUUCCAAGGUGUCAUCUCUCAUGGUGUUUAUCAAGAUAAAGCAGGUAUUUUCAAUCACGCCGGAUGGGCUGGCAUGAAGGUUGCCAGGUUGCCUUGGACGGACGAACAAAUGAUUCAAAAGAGAUCAGUAGUUGCAGAUGAUGCAGCAAAUAAUUCGUUGGUAGAAUUGUUGACAGAACCUACAUUUGCGAAAGAAUUUGGCAUAGAGCACUCCACCUACCAAGAGAUGCUGUCUGGACAACUAUUCAAAUUUUUAGUUAAUGCGUGCAUGAAUCCAAUCACUGCUAUUCUUGACUGUGUCAAUGGGGAAAUGAUAGACAGCUGCGGUCCUGUUUUCACAUCUAUUAUUGAUGAAUGCCUACAAAUAUUGAGAGUCGCUUAUAAACCAUUGUUCGAAUACCAAGAAAAAUUUAAUGGUAAUAAAGAAUACCCAGACAUGGACAUCAACGCAGUGUUAACUACCAGUAACAUGGUUUCUGAAGUCACUAGAAUUGGUUGUGAUAUCAAUUCUAAAAACAGUAGUUCAAUGAGACAAGACACUUUGUUCCUAAGAGACAUUGAAAUUGAGUAUAUCAAUGGUUAUGUAGUUAGAUUGGCUUCCAACCUGAACCUAGAUCCUAACUCUUGCAAAGUUAAUAAGACUAUAAAGGAAUUGGCUGAUUUAAGAUUGGCAUUGAACAGGUCCAGGAGCAUUAACGGAGAUUGGAGAAAGGAGUGA